AUGUCUGCUGGGACCCCUGAGGCUGCUCAAUUCACCACAUUACUUGAUUUUAUUGUCGAUGUGGGAGGCGUAGAAGAGCUGAAACGGUUUGUGCAGUAUUGCUUUGAGGAAUAUUAUGUUUUAGCAGGAGCCACUGAGACAAAAAGUAAGAAAUAUAGGGCAUGCUGCGCUUGUCUUUUUGAUACCUUAGCGACAAUACAAAACUUUGCAGAUUUCCACCAAGGAUUUUGUUCCGCGUGUGUGAAUGAAGGUGUCAUUUCAAUGUGCCUUGAAAACGUGAAACGAAUUGAUGCUGAAAAUUUGAACUGGGAAGAAGGAGAUGAAGACUCGGAGCCAGUCAUAAUAAUUGACAACUGUCUUGGAAUUUUGUAUAACAUUUCACAACGGUUCAAGAACCGUGACCUGUUUGCAAACAGUCUCGAAACGCUACUUUGUUUGGCCAAGAAGAAAGUAAGAGAGAUUGCAGCCCACUCUCUGCUUACUCUGGCAUAUUUAGUUGAUGAAAACACAAAUCAUCUCAUUCUGGCGGAAGAAACCUUGCUCGGCUUUAUAAUAACAUUGUUAGAUGAGGCAUGGCAGUCGGAAGAACGCCGUUCGAUUGGAUAUUCUAUAAAGGAGCUCGCAGAAGGCCUCAGCCAUCUCGCCAUCAACGACACAAACAAGAAAAUUCUAGGACAAAAAGCAGCCACGCGUGUUUUGAUUUCAGUCAUCAAAACGUCCAGCGAAGAUGCGGAAAAAGUAAGUGCUAUUAAAGCAUUGUGGAUGUUAGCCUUUGAUGACAACAACAAAAAAGCUAUACGCCAAGAAGACGGAGCUGUGGGCCUUUUACGUCAUUUACAACACAGUAAGGACUCACAAGUACAAAGGGCCGCUGCAGGUGCAUUGUGGGAGGUCGAAGGGAAGACAGCUAGAAACGCGGAGAGGACCGAAUCGACAGGGAAUCACGUGAUGAUCAGCUACCAAUGGGAUUCCCAGGAAGUGCUGAUCGAAGUAAAAAACAGACUUCAAGCAAGUGGAUACAGAGUGUGGAUGGAUCUGGAACAAAUGAGAGGAUCGACCUUGGAGGCGAUGGCCAAAGCUGUUGAGAAUUCUUCUGUCGUCCUUGUCUGUGUCUCGGAACGAUACAAGGAGAGCCCAAACUGUCGUUCAGAGGCAGAGUACGCGUACCAGUUAAGAAAAGAUAUAAUUCCGCUGAUGAUGCAACGCAAAUACCGAGGAGACGGUUGGCUGGGUAUGCUCGUGGGAACAAAGUUGUGGUUUGACUUUAAUAGUCAGCAAUCUAUAGAACCAAGUGUUACAAAACUAAUCAAAGAACUAGGAGGCAGAGGAAAGGAUGUUGACAACACAGAUGAGCCAUCCGUCACCCCAGUGGCUCCAGAAGCUCAAUCAGGUGACGUCGACACUGCACCCUCAUCCCCAGGGGUGUCUACCUGGACUAACGAAGAGGUGAAACAGUGGUUUAAAGAAAUCGGAUUAGAAAAGGUUUGCAACGAAGACAUUUCGGAGAUAAAUGGAGAGACGUUGAUUGAUCUUCAGCAACUACGUGGGGAGUGUCCCGAGUAUUUCUACAUAUGUUUAGAACGGGACUUGAACCUGACAAGAAUGGUCGAUAUAUUCAAAUUCAGGAAAGAGCUGAGUAAGCUGUUAGGAUAUUAAGUGUCUUGCAAUGUGUGUCUGUUUUACAGCCUAAUUUACUGACACGUUUACCUGAAGUUUAAAACAAACCGUUUUUUAAGACAAAAAAAAAUACUAAAACCGACAUAAAAAUUAAAAAAUACGAAGAAAAGAAAAAGAACGAGAAAAGCAAAAGAAAAAAAGAAAAUUGAAACAGUAAUUCGUACAUCAUUGCCCCCGCAGGGAGGCACUCUAGUAACUCGCGCGUAAAUACUUACAGUUGAAAUAUACAGUCAGUAUGCCAGAAAAAUCUCGAAUUGUUUGAACAGGGGCCGCGAGGAAUCGGUAGAUAUAAAUGAUGACGUUUCUAUUGUUCGCGACCGCAAGUACGAGAUGGUUAGGAUGACGUAAAGACAGAAAAUCCCGAAGGGACCGCUUAGGUAGAUUUUGUGACAUUUAUUGUGCAGUCAUACUUCGAUACUCUUUUGCGUUACGUGUUAUCAGUGACGUUCUGUGCAGCAGUUGUUUAGAAAGUUAUGGACUAAAAGACACUCGUUAAGCGCAGAUGAAGUUUUUAGGUGCGUAUAACAGUGUAUAUAUAAAUACUUUUAAGUGGAGAGUUUGCCAUACACGAGUUCACAAAUCUGAAAGUCUUUCUCGAUCUUCGUCUCUUUGACCGGAAUAAGAUUCAGCCCCAAACAAGCAAGACGAGUGAAUCAACGGCUGGCUUAUCACUAGAAUUACAGAAAUCCGCCGACAAUCAAAUUCUGUGCGGACUUAUUCCCUGCUCACAUAGCUAUAAAGUUAAAAAAAAAAGAAUAGAAUGCGCGAGCGUGAAUUGAUCAAACGUCCUUUUAAUUACCAAGCCAAUUCCGGCAAAUAAAAU